AUGUCUAAUAACAACCUUUUAAGAUUUGAUACCUCUUUUUCGUUUUCAACUCCUUCUUCAUCAAGAGCUAGUAGUGUUAUUCCAGAUGAAGAAUAUGAAGAUGUCCCUUCUUCGAUUUCAACACCUUCUUCAUCAAGUGCUGGUAGUGUUAUUCCAUAUGAAGAACCAACCAAUACCGAUUUCCAUCGCCCGACCAAAACCAACGGACCGAAACUUACCCAUCCAACAGUGAUGAUCAAUAAAACGGCCAAAACGGGACAAAUUUCACUUGCCAAGAACAGACGACGAUCUCAGAAUAGAUAUGCCCCAUACUUGAAUUCUCAAUUGGGGGAGAGGGGACGAGUUGUUAACAACGAAAUGUCAGAAGCCUUGUCUUCUCGAUAUACAAAGGAGGUUGGAGAGAAAUUUCUUGGCACCCCGGUAUCUAUACGAGAUAGAAAAGAUUUAAGAAAAUAUAAUACCAGAGUGUGCUUUCUUGAUGGGCUUCAUCAACAUUCCAAGAAUAAAAAGAAGCCGCCCUGCAGAAAUUCUAAAUAUGAUGAUUACAAAUUUCUGCGAUCAACAAUUAACCCCGGUCCAUAUGAAGAUUGUGAAUGGGAGGAAUACAAGUGGAAACCAUUUUCAAAUCCUAAAUUUUCUCCCAACAAAUUGCUUCAAGUCCGCCGUGAUGAACUUAAUAAAUUGCAAAGAGAAAGAGGAAUAUUGGUUUUACCUCCGACUUUCUUAAUGGAUGAUGAUUACUCUUCCGACAUAAUGGAUGAUUACUCUCCCAACAUAAUGGAUGAUUAUUAA